AUGUCUAUACGAGGUCUACCUUCCCAGAAUUACAACACCGAAGCGACGCCCUCCAUCAUCUUUCUCGACACCGACCAGCGCGAUCGUCUUCUCCAACUCGAUUGCGACUCCGCCACCUCAGACGGGCACGUGGACGAUGGAUUUGUCUCCCCGUUUGUGGGGAUGACACUCGCCCAAGUUGUCUGCUUCGUGUCCGAGACGGCCCGCGACACCGUCGUCAACCCGUACUCGGUCUUCAUGGCGGAUGAGUGCACGCUCGCUGACCAGAUCAUCCUCGUGGUAGGCAUCCACGACGAGACGCGCGAGAUCGAGGCCACGGUGCGGAUGGUCCCCGAGCUCCUCGACCUUCUCGCUGCGAACUUGGUCAUUGCAAACACGGAUAAUACGGAGAUGAAACUGAAUGCGGAGGAGACUGGCGGGGUGUACAGGCAUGAUCGUCUGGAGAUGGGUCUCGAAGAUCACGGGCUAAUGCAUGAAAUAAUGAUGAUAGUUAAUUACCCUGGAGAUGACGCACCGAGUCUGGGGGUUUUAGUCAAUCAGUUGAUAUCUUGGCAACUUGAUGGCGCUUAG